AUGGUGGCGCUGAAAAAAGCCAUUGCCGCCGCCGAGUCCAAGUCUGAGUCCGUGUCCGAGAACAUGAUUAAUGCCGGUGCUGCGCUUCCACACUGGAUCGUACGCUACGCCGUGGACAAAAGUGGUGGAUUCGAGCGAGCGGCUGAGCUUCAGUGGAAGAGAAUGCUGGAGGACGUGUACAAAAAGCAGGGGAGGCUGAGCAACUGCUUGGCUGUUUGUGACGUGGCGGCGUCGGAGUCGGUGGCUCUGGGGAUGUUUGUGUCUCAACUGAGCCAAGGGCCGUGGGAAGGAAAGGUGGUGAGUCACACCCAAAACCCUCAGCUGCAUUUGGUACGAGGCGAAGAUCUCAAGUCCAAGUUCAGCUUUAUGCACAGUUUGGAGGAGCGUCAGGACUGGGAGGUUGAUCUGGGGAAGGUGUAUGAUUUGAUUCUGGAAGUGGCGGUGAAUGAGAAUGUGAAGGCAGAGCAGAUGGUGAGGAAAGUCUUUGUGUUCACCUGCUUCAAACACUUCAGUAACGGCUGCUGGAAGCCUCGCGGCGGAGAUUAUGAGGAAAUACAGAGGAAGUUUGAGGAGAAGGGGUAUGCCGUGCCGCACUUGGUGAUUUGGAAUCUCCUCAGUGUGCGGUAUGCGCCGGUGCGUAGCGGAGAGCCAGGGGUGACGUUGUUGGGUGGUUUCUCCGACGCAAUGCUCAAGUCCUUCUUGGAGAAUGACGGUGAACUUAGCCCCGAGCAGGUCAUGGAAUUAGCCAUCUCUCCCCAAAGCUAUCAAACUCUGGCUGUCUUCGACUGA